CAGACAAACAAGUAAUCCUCUGAUUCCGAUUGUGACAGCUGUAGUUUCUGUCAUUGCUCCUCUGGCUGUACUCUAUUGGCACAUUUCGAAGAUUUUAUAUUUCGUGCCUUUCUAAAUUUACAUGAUAACAACACCAGACUGCCCAACAAACUGACGUUAGCUGCUCUCUCCGGCUAACUUAUUAACCGGUAACAACACAACGGCCAGCUGACCGAACACUGAGCUUGUUAGCUAGCUAGCCCAGCUGUCUCUCCAGUCGAACUGCCCUUUGUCUUUACAAGCAAGUCAGCUCGCUGGCAUCUUUUCUCCUUUUGGUUAGCUGACACCGGCUUUUGCAUUUUUACUUUUUCUCGCCUGACAAAAGUCAAGCAAACCAAGAUAGGCGGCUUGGGAACCAAGAUGUCGAACCGAGUGGUGUGCAGAGAAGCAAGUCACGCCGGGAGCUGGUACUCUGCUUCGGGAUCCCAGCUGAACGCACAACUAGAAGGCUGGCUGUCCAAAGCAGAGUCCACGAUCAGACCUGCUAGAGCCAUCAUAGCGCCGCAUGCUGGGUAUACCUACUGUGGUGCUUGUGCAGCACAUGCCUACAAGCAGGUUGAUCCCUCUGUUACUCGUAGGGUGUUCAUCCUGGGACCUUCACACCAUGUGCCCCUCUCCCGCUGUGCCCUGUCACCUGCAGAGAUCUAUAGAACACCUCUCUAUGACCUGAGAAUCGACCAGAAGGUUUAUGCCGACCUCUGGAAAACUGGGUUGUUUGAGCGGAUGAGUCUGCAGACAGAUGAAGAUGAGCACAGUAUUGAAAUGCACUUGCCUUACACUGCUAAAGCCAUGGAGAGCCACAAAGACGAGUUUAGCAUCGUCCCUGUGCUUGUGGGUGCCCUGAGUGAGUCCAAGGAACAGGAAUACGGGAAGCUGCUCAGCAAGUACCUGGCAGACCCUUCCAACCUCUUUAUUAUCUCAUCCGACUUCUGCCACUGGGGUCAACGGUUCCGCUACACAUACUAUGAUGAAUCUCAAGGGGAGAUCUACAGGUCUAUCGAGCAUCUUGAUAAAAUGGGGAUGGGCAUUAUAGAACAGUUGGAUCCCAUGUCUUUCACCAACUACUUGAAGAAGUACCGCAACACCAUCUGUGGGCGUCACCCGAUUGGAGUGCUUCUAAAUGCUGUGGCUGAGCUGAGGAAGUCUGGUUUAGAAAUGAACUUCACUUUCCUGAACUACGCCCAAUCGAGCGAGUGCAGGAACUGGCAGGACAGCUCCGUGAGUUACGCUGCCGGGGCCCUCAUCGCUCAUUGAGGUCGACUUCACAGGGGCCACUGCAGCGCCGCCGCCCUGCCCUUACUAUCUAUCGCCAUAAUCUGACCCAGACACCCUCCCUCUCACCCCACCCACCCCGAGUUACACCCACUAUUUGCAGGAAGGACCUAGACACUCAAAGCCAAUACAGUCUUCUUUCUCUGUCUCUCCCUCAGCUCUCCUCCGCCUUUUCUCCACCCUCCUCUCAGUUUGAAGUGUGUCUCAGAGCUUUUGGUUGAAAUAUUUUGCUUGAAGUGCAGUUUUGAGAUUAUGUAGGAGCAAAUGGUCAGAGGAGAAAGGAAGAGUGCGUAUUAAUUUGGCUCGGAGUAAGCGUCGGGAGGGGAAAUCUCAUUUGGGUUUAGUCCCAUUUUGUUUUCCUGACAAAAACAAUGGAUUUCAGUUGUGAUGAUGCAGUCUUUACAUUUGGGCUCUUGGCAAACUGCUCAUGUAAUUUGCCUCAGAAAAGUAAUGGAAAUAAAACUGCAGAUCUUUAUGGAGCAUACUGAAAUUUUGCCAGAUGAAAAUGAAAUGAGUGUUUUGACUGACUGCUUCAAGCUACAUGCGACUUUAAAACUUUGAAAACAGUGUCAUCGGUAAUUACUACCAUUGCUCAACAUAUGUUGUAGUUGCUAACAAAGGGCUGCACCCAACAAAGUUCACUAACCCCCUACUGUACAAAACCAAAAACAUUAUUACUCAGUUUAUUAAAUAUUAUCUUUUAUUCAUAUUUUAUUCCUUUUCGUUUCUCCCUUUUUUAAGUAGUUUUAUUAGACGUGAUAGUAUUUACUCAAGUAGUGUGUAGAUUUGAACUAAAGCAGUGUUGUCGGUGAAGCUCUAAAGCCAUCCACAUGGUUUGCCCAAUAAAUUAGUGUGUGCAACACUGCUUCCAGAUUCCAAUUAUAUGCCUGUAGCAUUAUAUAUGUUUUGCAAGGGCCAGACUCCAGUUGUGGGUGCUACAGAAAUGUAAUCAAAGCUGGAUAUUGUGUAAAUUACUCCAACACUGACACCUCUGGUCUUUGUUUACAUUUGCCACCUUGAAUCUCUGUAGUUAUUGAACUGAACAAAGAUUUCUUUUUUUUUUUUUUUUUU